GAGAGCGAAGGAGAUCUAACUUUACGUCAGUCACAUCAGCAGUAUUCGUUCUCGUGUCUGCAGAUACGGCGGUCUACGUGGUAGACGUGCGAGUUGGGUGUGAAGAGAGUAGCUCGGCAAGGAUCGUCGCGCCGCCGUUACUCUCGUUCUCCGUCGUCGUCGUCGCCGUCGUCGUAGUCGUAGUCGUAGUCGUCCCCGUGAUUGCCUCGUAUCUCCGUCGUCCUCUCCCUCUUUUAAUUCCCCCUCGAUUCUUUCUGCCUGUGCCUCUCUCUCUCUCUUUCCCGCUUCUCCGCGCCUCCUCUCGUAUCGCGCGUUAUUGUGAAACGGUGUGAAACGCGCGAGCAGAGCGGGGCCAGGCGGUUCCGCGAAGCGGGACACAUUUGCGAGCGCGAGUGGCCGAAUGUCCCGCUGAGAAUUAUGUGGAAUAGUGACGCAGAAUUGGGAUCGGUCGCGCGUCAAGUCAGCUGACAUAUUGCGCCCUGCUGCACCGCAACAGCCUUCGGUGAGUACAUGGUGACACACGGUUGCAGAGGAGCAAUUGGGAAGAGAGCCGCAGCAAAGGACUACACCCAGUUAUCUUACACCAAGCUGACUGCAACUUUCCACUGUUUCUCGAGGCAGUGAUCGCAUAACUAGGAUACACAAACGGGAGUUUGCUCGAUUAACCAAGAGUGACACUGACAAAGACGAGAGUUAUGGAACGAGAGUCUAAUCCUAUGCAAGCUCUGUGUCGCAGUGGCUGUGGAUUUUAUGGCUCGCCAGCUACUGAUGGCCUUUGUUCCCUAUGCUAUAAGGAAAAUCUAAAAAAGAAGCAACAACCACCAGUGUCAGCUGCCACCGUACCAACCUCACAGACUGUCUCCAGCAACGCUGGUACGUUGCAAGGCAGUUUCGGUAGUCCAGCAGCUACAGGAACGACGGCCCAACCUACCAUUCCUACAAUACCUCAGUCAACGUCAGAUCUGCCCAGUCCCAAAGAAGUAAACAGAGAAGAUCAGGAAAGUGAAGUAGGUGUAAGCAGUGCAGUAGCUGAAGGCUCAUCGGCGAGUAGUGGCGAUGUAGACGACUCCUUCGAUGGCAAAGAGACUGAUAAAGAAUCUAAGAAGAAGAAAAAUCGUUGUGCUGUAUGUCGCAAAAAAGUUGGUUUGACGGGAUUUGAGUGUCGUUGUGGAGGACUAUUCUGCGCCGUGCAUCGAUACAGUGACAAGCACGAUUGCAAAUUCGAUUACAAAGAAAUGGGCGCUCAAGAAAUUCGGCGCAACAAUCCAGUUGUUGUUGGUGAAAAAGUGCAAAAAAUUUGAACUAUUUAGUGUGUAGUCGUUGGGAAAAUGGUUAUUAUAACUAUAUAAACAAACAGAAUAUAAAGAAAAACACGCAGAAAACGAGAUAAAUUAUCUGGCAGCUGAUUCGCACGUCGAGGGGUGAAACGAGCGAGCGAGCGAGCGAGCGUGUAAGAUCGUGUGUGCGAGCGAAAGUAUGAAUGCGAGCGUGCGCGCAAGAUCGACUGCAAAAUUGUUUUUUAGCUGAAUGCCGAGGAAGGGUAGAAAGGGGAAAAAUGAAGAGGAAAAGAAACGAGUAUCAGACAGAACAAAUAAACGAAAGAUUGCAAAUUAGAAUGUGUGUGCGCGUGAGUGAAUGAUUCGUAAUUGGAUGCCAGUGCCAUGUAAGUUUCAGAUUGUCAUCUAGUGAGAGAAUUUUAAUUGAGAAUAUACCUGGUUACUAACUGCUGCCAGCUUACUACUAUUAUUACCUAUUAUUAUCUUCAUGAUUAUUACGGUUUAUAAUUAUUCUAUAUUAUGUUUAUUAAUUUACUUAAAGUGAAAAAUUUGCGAAUAUGAAGCUCGUUUUACGUAAAGGCAGAACAACUCUUGGUGCGGUCAGUCGGUCCAGGACGUCUUAGGAAAGUUUUGGUUUGUUCGAGAAAUUUUAUACAUUGCUGUUUCGUUUAUAUAUCAAAAAGUAAAAAAUAGGGAAUGUUGCUUAGGUAAUGGCUGACGAUGAUAGGUGAUCACAAUCUUAGGUUAAUAAUUAGUCUAAUAAUUAUUAAGUAUAUUAGUCUAUUGAUUCAUAAAUAAUGCAAUGAAGUAUAAGUAGUACUGUGUGUUUAUGUCCAAUUUCACGUGAAUAUAACCAGCAAUUAUUACUCAUUAAAUAUGUUUCAACCUAUAUUGCAAAUAAUUAUUUACACUACGGCCGCCAAUCUGGGAUUUGUAAAUUAAACCCCUCUUUAACGUAUUCUUCGAGUUCUCUUAGACCAUAAAUGAAUUGUUAAUGGUUGAAGUCGAUUAGUUUCAUUUAUUUUUGCUUGUUUUGCGAGUUUCGUAGGGUAGCUGCGCGAGGUAUUCCGGUGCUGCACAGCAGCGCAUAAUGUAAGAGUAAAUGAUUAAUAAAAUGUCUAGAGAGGCCGGGCAUUAUAUGAACGACGAAAGAAGAGAACUAUUAAAGUUUGUAAAGUGUGAACGUAUACUGAAAACCGUGCGCGAAGAGGAUAUUACACUGAUAAAUUUUAUAUAAUCCACGUACAUACUUCUAUUUUUCUUCUCCGCGCUCAAAACUCUCGUGCCGAAUUUUACUCAUUUUAUUUUUCGUCCGUCAAACACCUAUAAAUGUUUGUAAAGUUAUAGCAUACGCGGAAAGGUGCUAUAGCUCUGUUCAGCUUUGUUGUAUUACUGUAAAACAAGAUGAGUGAAGAUGAUAAAACUGCGCAAAUUUUGCCUCACGUAUAGGUCAAUUCUUUAAGAGAGCUUCAUGAGUGGGUUUGAAUUUUUGAGGAAAAAAAAACAAGUAUAUAUUGAAAUACAUACUGCGACUUCCCGAUUUCGCGUAAAACAAAGUAGUGAAAUGUUUCCUUCCUUUCUCUUUCUUUACAUUAUCCCGAGACAAAGCGCUUAAUCUAAAUUGUGCUGCCGUGUUAUUUUACUUUUUUGUUUCUUGUAAUUAGUGGACUUGUAUGAAGGUGAAUAUUAUCCGCCUAAAAAUUAAUUUCUCUUAUUCUUUUGCGUCACCUCGAACGAGCAAAUGUACAUCAAAUAUCUUAUUAUUUUCGAUAAAUAUAUAAAGCGUUUUGUUAAAUGUGUAAUCGUAAGGUCUAUCAAGCUUUUUAUAUACAUAUGUGUCUUUCUUUCUUCAGGUUCUCGAAGAUAAGCAAAUCUUGUUGCUGCAUUAGUUAUCCCGUAUUAGUUACCAAAUAAACUUGACGUGUCGUCGCCGAAAGUACUCCAGCCGCGAACGAUUUUUUUCUCUCUUCGAACACACGCAGCGAAUUUCCGGAAAAUCUUGCGGACUUGACGAUACCUAGAGAUUAAGGCGAUCGAAAAGGAUCUUUCGGCAUAUAAUCCAUCGAUAAAUUCGGGCACGAUUCUUCGCGAUCUUUACGGGACGACUUGUAUACAUGCGCCGACUUCACAUAGACAAUAUAUACAUAUAUAUAUCUAUAUAUAUAUACUUUAUCUUGUAUCAAGAUAUUAUUGUUGUCGAUGAAUCUGUUCUUUUUUCCUUUUUGGCGCACCUUUUUAAGAACGCUGAUGAGAGAAAUCAGAAUCGUGUAUAGAAGAAAACGCACACCACAUACACACUUACAUUCACACAUCUACACAUAAAUACAUACUAUACACACACACACACACACAGGGACACAGACACCGAUUAUCAGUAAUAUCGACGGAAUGGUUGCCUUCAGGCCUUCAUCCUAUUUUAGGCAUAGCAUAUUUUUCUAACGUGUAUCGCAAUAUCGGAAUAAUCUUGCCUAGCGAGAGCGAUCGAAUGACCGAGAGAGAAAUAGGGAGAGAGUGAUUGAAGGUAUGCGUACAUGGAGAACGGAGAUGCCUGGGGAGAGUGCGGCAGAGGAAUGCGUGCAGGAACAUAAAUGAUUUAUAGGAGAUGAGCGAAAGGGAGAGAGAGACUGUGAGAGAGAAAGAGAGAGAGAGAGAGAGAUAAACAAAAAGAUUAUCAGCGACGAUCGUACUCGGCUGACUAUAUAAGGACGUAACACGAUGCUUGUAAUUAUUACGAUUGAUAUUAGUACGUUUAAGCUAUUAAAAAAGUAACAUCAACUUUAA